AUGACAGGAGUGGUUACGAGCAAUCGAUGUGGAACCUGUCGUAAGCGAAAGGUCAAGUGUGAUGAAGCUAAGCCUGUCUGCGGACCGUGUCGGAAAGGCAACCGAGAGUGCGAAGAGCCAAUUUCGAAGCUGAAGUUCACUCGGCCUAAGGAAAUCCCCAUCAAUCUUGUUUUCAGACCUCCCGCAGACAAACCUCGCCCUGUUUUAGAUCCUUGUAGCCACGUUGCUGUUGUUAAACUGUCGUCCACGGAGGAUGGCGGAUCAUUCUCAACGCUGCGCGUCGCUCGUACUAGAAGGAAGGCGAUUCAGCGGCACCAGCAAGAUGGUGACUGCUGGCCUCUGGCAAUGGCUCAGGACCCUCCACUUUCUCCCACUGAAUCGCUUCAGCUCAUCCUAAUAGAAUCAUUCGGUUCUACUCAACCUGGCCUCAGUCUUGCAUGUGCUGUGGAAUGCAUAUCUAGUAUUCCUCGGCGGCUUGGCCACUCUACCCCUUUAGAUGACGCGGUUACUUGCUUGAUCGAGCGGCGAUCAUGUUUGGCCCGGAAAGAGUACAUGCCCAGCCAGUUCCAAUCAAAGCUCUAUGUCAGGGCAAUACGCAGCCUGCGGGCCGCUAUCGCAGAUCCUGUUGAAGGGUAUUCAGACAACACACUGUGCGCUGUCAUCCUUUUAGGUCAAGUCGAAGUCCUGGGGGGCGGUAACUCUGAAGGACACAAUUAUGUGGCGCAUGCGGGAGGCGCAUCGAAAUUGAUACAGCUGCGAGGUCCUAGUCGCCACCAGUCUUGCUUCUCCCGACUUCUCCUCGCAGAUCAGAGAGGGGCAACGGCAAGUUUACCCGGUCUUUAUUAUGAGCUCUGUAAUCAGCGGAGAGGACUGCUUCUUGAAUUCACCGUCCUGGUCGGCAAUCCAGUUUUCGGACCUGCACUGCUUAAACUGCGACAAGAAAAUCAAUCGCCUGGCUCGCGCAACCGUGCCGAUCUCCUUCGAGAGGCACAGAAACUACGACGAGCCCUGCAAAUGCCCUCGGAAUUUGUCAUUGCAGCUUUCGAGAAUGGUGUCGAUGUUAUUGAAGUACCCUCGAUACGUGGCGACCGACUUGUCCCUGUUGUGUACGAAUACUCAUCGCGGGCACUAGCCAAUGCCUGUGUUAUGUACUGGGCAAGCCUCCUCAUGCUCGACACCAUUAUCGCUCAGCUACUCCCCCUAACGUCUCCCCAAACCACUAUCCAAGCUCUUCGUAACCAAUGCGAUUGUGCUAGGCAGAAGAUUCUGAUGUCAUAUGAAUAUGCCGAGCGCUUUAAACCGUUGGGAUCGAUGUUUAUCGCCUGGCCGCUAAUCAUGUCUUGGAAAGACGCUUCGCCAGAUGAGAGGGAGUGGAUUUUCAGUGGACUUGCGACGCUGGGUGAACAUUGCUAUGCUACAAGGAGGGGGUGGAGCGAGAUCGGCUUAGUGUAUUCGACGAAAUACUUCUUCGGAUAGCCGAUUGAGGCGCCUAGGUGUGCAUAUAGGAAGCUGACGCUAGAAACAAG